AUGGAGGCGUCGAUCGUGGUGGUGGAGGGGGAGGUGAACGUGGUGGUGGUGGGGGCGGCGAUCGUGGUGGUGGUGGGGGCGGCGACCGUGGUGGUGGUGGGGGCGGUGAGGCAGGUGGUGGUGGGGGCGGUGAGCUGGGAGGUGGUGGCGGCGGUGAACGAGGUGGAGGAGGGGGCGGUGAGUGGUGGUGGAGGAGGCGGUGAGGAAGGUGGUGGUGGAGGGGGCGGUGAGCGGGGUGGAGGUGGUGGCGGUGAGGCAAGUGGUGGUGGUGGUGAGCGGGGUGGAGGAGGGGGCGGUGAGGCAAGUGGUGGUGGUGGUGAGCGGGGUGGAGGAGGGGGCGGUGAGGCAGGUGGUGGUGGUGAUAGUGGUGGUGGAGGAGGCGGUGAGGAAGGUGGUGGUGGAGGGGGCGGUGAGCGGGGUGGAGGUGGUGGCGGUGAGCUUGGUGGUGGAGGAGGCGGUGAGCUUGGUGGUGGUGGGGGCGGCGAGACGGGUGGUGGAGGAGGCGGUGACACAGGUGGAGGUGGGGGCGGCGAGACGGGUGGUGGAGGAGGCGGUGACACAGGUGGAGGUGGGGGCGGCGAGACGGGUGGUGGAGGAGGCGGUGACACAGGUGGAGGUGGGGGCGGUGAGACGGGUGGUGGAGGGGGUGGUGAUACGGGUGGAGGAGGCGGCGGUGAAGUGGGUGGUGGAGGCGGCGGUGAGGCCGGUGGUGAAGGAGGAGGUGGUGUGUUGGAACAGUUAAAGGAGCAAACGCAACUUAAUCUCCCUUGA